GAGGGUUGAUCACGUGACUAGUGUUGUGGCAAAGCGGAGAAUAUAUGGAGGAAGAAAUUGAGCUGGAACUGAGCAGCAUUUCAUUGAAUGGAGACGCAGAAGAAGAGUCUCUGUCUGAGGAAAAAUAUGAGGAGUACGAAGCCGUUACGGAUUGUGGCGAAGACGAGACAGAAGAGCUUCCAGAGUCUAUUCUCUCAUAUUUGCAAGUCAUUAAGAAAAGGAAUGAAAAUACAGAGAAGCUUAUACUACAAGAUGUGGAAUCUGACAUUUGGUUAAGAUCUGAAAGUAUACCGACUUGCGAUUCAGAUUAUUUGGCAGAAUUGGCUUCUGAGUUUGGUCAAGACCCAGAAAGUCUUAAAAAGCAGGUAUUAGCUGACAUUGAAGAGGAAGAAAGAAGAGAACAAAUGAGUGGUGAUAGUUCCAGUCAUCAUGGCCACAAUACGUUUCAAGAAACGCAGGAUGCUGAUAAAUUGGAUAAUGGGACAAAUAUGGCUUAUACUGAAUUAGAAGAGAGAUGUAAACAAAAGCUGCAGGAGUGGGAGGACGAGCACAAGAAACUCAGUGAAGUGACCAGCAGCACAUUUAAUUCUCAUAGAGAAAUUAUCGGGGAGCAAAUCAGCGGAAAUAUUGAGAACAAGGAAGACUGGAGAAAAGUUGAAAGAGAAAUCUCAGAAUUAAAUAUUGCCUAUGCAGAGCAACAGAAAAAGCUUGAUGAGGACUUGCAGAAAAAACAGGAGAUCUUGGCAGAAGAACUAGAGAAACACACGGAAAUGAUUUUCAAAAUGAAGGCAGAUUUGGAGAAAGAGAUUAACACUUGGGAAGAACAGAAAACAGAAGCUAAAAAACAUUUGGAGGAAUUACAGUAUAAAUCAGCAGUAAAAAUUCAGGCAACGUACAGAGCAUUCUAUACAUACAAAAAGUAUGCACCCUUUCUAAAGGAAAAGAAAGAAGAGAAGAGGAGGAAAGAAGAACUGAAACAUAAACUGGAGCAGGAGAAGAGAGAGAUGGAAGAGCGAAUAAAGCUAAAACUUGAGGAGAAAAAAAGAAGAGAGGAAGAGAAAAAACAAAAGGAAGAGACCAUGAAAAGGGAAAUGGAAGAGGCAAGUAUAAGAGAACGCUUGCAACAGGAGCUAAGACAGAAGGAAUAUGAGAAAAAGAAGUCAGAGGAGAGGCAGAGACUAGAAAAAGCAAAACUCAUACAAGAAGAGCAAAAAAGUAAGCUGAUACGGACAGAAACUGAGAAAACUAGGAUCAUGUCAGAAAACAGAAAUACCAAAACCACACGUGAUGCCAGAGAAGAUCUGAAUAAAAAACAGGCAGGCAAUAGCCAUCUCGGAAAAGAAAUAGAUAAAAAUGUGGACGAUAUUAAACAUGAAGGACCUUUAGAAAUACAAGAAAAAGAAAUUAAACAAAAAGAUGCAAGGUCUGGAGAGAAUUUCGAAACAAGUGGAUUAAUAAACCUUAAUGAACAAGUACUUCCUGAGGAGAUAAGUAACAUAAUGGCAACAAGUGUUGACAAGGUCCUUUGUUCUAUUGUUGAAGACAACUUAACUUCUGAAGAACUACCAGUGCAGUAUGGGAACAAAGUAAGGUUGGCAGAAGCUGAAAAGCAAUGCAUGUUAGAGCAAAAUCCAGACAUAAGUUUGGAUAUUUCUGACUUAACUCCUGAUGAACCGUACGUAGAGGAGGACAACAGGCUGUCAUCUUUACCUUGUCAAGGCACCUUACUCGAGCGGCCUGUAAAUAGGUCUACAAAUGUUAACGUUGCAGUACAAAAGGAAUGUGUCCUAAAAGAACACAGUGAAGGUACACUGGUAUCUGUUUCAUCAAGAUCUCUAGUUCUUCCAGAUCACGUUGAAGAAAAGAGACUUACUUGGAUGAAAUCCUGCAAACCUUGGGCUAAGAUUUUGCGGGACAAUCAAAGGAAAAAAACAUCUACGUUUACAAAGAAAAGAAAAGGUUCUGCAGCACAGAAGCUUUCUCCAUUAAAUGAAAAACUCAUCUUUCAAAACAGCCCAUGGCAUGACCUGAAACAGGUUACAACAGUUACUCUUCAGGAUUUACCAGGAUGCUGUCUCACUACAUUGUCCAAAUGUACGAAGCUUCGAUAUUUAUCAAUGAGAAGAUGCAACUUGAUCACACUUGAAGGAAUAAGGGAUUGCAAAGAUUUGGAGUUCAUUGAUGUUCAGGAAAAUUGCAUUAAUGUUAUAAAUUGCGAGGGUAUGGAAAACCUAAAAGUACUUCUCCUGAACAAAAAUCAAAUCUCAUCCAUCCAUGGGGUAGAAAACUGCACAAACCUGAUGAAUCUUGAAAUAUCCUUCAACUUGAUAACCAGAAUAGGAGGUGUGGAGACUCUGAGAAAUCUUCAACGGCUAGUUUUGGAUCAUAAUCAACUCAUUUCUACUAGAGGUCUUCAGGCUGUCCCUACGCUCUUAUAUUUAGACUGUUCAUAUAACCAUCUUACUGAACUGGAAGGAAUUCAGAAUUGUGGGCUUUUACAGAUUCUAAAGUUGCAAGGAAACAAUCUGUGUGAGUUCCCGAAGCUAGAUAACCACGUUCUACUGAGAGAACUAUACCUUGAUGAUAACAGCAUAUCAGCAGUGAACGGGCUAUCAGUAUAUUGGUUGCCUUUAUUACAAGUUCUUUCAAUAUCUCAGAACAGUCUGGCUCAGAUGGAAUCUUUAAAUACUUUUAUUUCAUUAGAAGAAUUGGAUUUAAGAAACAACUGUUUAUCAGAUGUACAGAGCAUUAGCUUGUGGCUAGAAGGUUGUGUGAAUUUAAAGAGGCUGUUGCUGAAUAAGAAUCCACUUACCCAAGAAGCAAAUUGGAGGUAUACACUUCUAAAACUAUUGCCUGGCUUGAGAUUACUUAAUGAUGAACAUCUUUAUCCUAAAGAAGACACUAAUGGGUCAGUCGCAGGGACCUUUCUGGCAUUCUGUCAAGCACAGAUACAGGUUAUUAGAAGAAAAUGGCAGAUGCUACAUGCUGGCACAUACUUGAAGGACCUGGAAAGUUACUGUGAUACCUUGGAAGAAUUGAUGAAGCUUUCUAGUGAGCACCGAUAUGCUCAUGAAUAUGGUGACAUAGAAGAUACAGAGAGAGAAGAUCCAGAAAUACUGGCAAAUAUUAUGAAGCCACCUGGCAUUGACAGCAGUCAACAUAAUAGCCUUGUUAUCAGCGGCGCAAAUGAAAAUAAACAGGAUGACUCCACAAGACAGAUCACUUUUAGACAGCUAGUAAACUCCUCUGCAAAUCCUAAGGGAAGAGACCAAGAAAAAAAUAGUGAAAAAACUAGUGCCGAAACCAAAGUCACAGAGAAUAUCAGUUAUGCUGGAAAUGUAAAAAAUAAGAUUGUCUUAUGCGAAACAAGAAAACCAUCUAUGUGUAUGCCAUCCACGAAAAGCAAGGAACACUCUGCUGCUAUCAUUAUUCAGUCCCACUGGAGAGGGUACAUGAUACGCCGAGACAUAGAUUACUAUACAAAAUUACACAGGGCCGCUUCGCUCAUUCAGUGUGCUUGGAGGAAUUAUUCCAUCAAGAAAAGAUACUUGCAAAGGAAAAAGUAUAACAAAUCAGACCUUCCAGACACGAGAAAUUGGGCUGCUAUAGUUAUACAGGCAGCUUGGAAGGGAUUCUACUUGAGAAAAAAAUUGGCUGCUGCCUUUGCAGCUAUUGAAAGAGAAGAGCUGGAAGAUGACUUUAAAGAAGUGAAUUUGGAUGAUUUUACAUUUGAUGAAAAUGAGUUGGAGAAAGAAUGGACUCUUGAAUCCACUGAUUUCCCAUCUGCAGUACUCCAUUGCUCAAAGAAACCAGGACAAUCAAAGUUUCCGAAGGCGUUUACCGCUCCAGAGGAUGGGUCAUAUUCUUUAUCGUGGAACCCAGUGGAAGCAUGGCAAGACUCUAACGGUUCGGAAACCAACAGUGCAUUUACAUAUGAAAGAAUGGAUUCUGACAGCAAGUUGGAGAAACAAAAUGUGUCACAUGUGUCUAGCACAAAGUCUCCCACUGAUGGUUCGUUCAGGUCUGAGAGAGAAGAAAAAAUGUCCCAGGAGUGGGGGUUUAAGGACUCUGCAACAGCUCAGCUUAUGCUGAAGAGAGCUCAGAAAAUGAAAUCGAAACAAGCCAAAAAUAAAAAAAUGUUGGAUCCAGCUGUGCGCUUGGCGUUGUUCAAAAAUAAUGAAAAUAAACAUGUUUCUGUGAAGCCACCAAAGAAGGCACCGCUGAUGAAAGUAGGCUAUUUUCAAGAUGUAGAAGAAUACAGCCAUUUAUGUGAAGUGCCUUCUGAGACAUUAGCGAGAAGCAGAGACCUCACAUAUCAGUGGCUUCACACACAAUGCGGAGAGUUUGAGCCAGCUAGUCCUACAAUCCCAAAAUGUAGGCGUUUCUUACCUGAAUUGAAUCAUGACGUUCUGAAUGGUGGACGCGUUCAACUUGUGGCUAAUGCAAGCAAAGAAGAUGAUGAUUUGGAAAUUGUGUCCGUGAAUUCUGGGAGAGACUUAAUGCAGAAGAAAUCCAGAAACAGUGGCACACACAGACUGCCAGCAGCAACAGGAAGAGACCUAUUUACGCCACCGAAAACACAUUCCGGACCUCAGCGAAAGGAACGUAUUUCGUUUCGUGAUAAUCCAACACAACUCAGCGGUGGAUGGGGAAGCGGAAAGAAGAGAGAAAAAACAUUUAAAUAAAUUUCAGAUCGUGGAAUACACUGGAUGCACUUAUCCACAUCUACUAAUGUUAGGAGCUUUGUAUGGACUGCUUUUUGUCUGAACUAAUAUUAAAUUGUUUUUGAUACUUACUGUGUGAAUCGUUCUUCAUGCUUGUCAAUUCGCAUAUCAGAAAACAAACAAUGGUUAAUAAUAAUGUACAUCAUAUAUUAAUAAAUAUGCUGGAA